GUGCCGAGUCCGGAGGCCCCAUAAAAAUCGCAGAAACUCAGCAUGAUAUUCAACACUCGACUGGAGCAGGUUACGGUGAUGACAAAAGUGGUUCAACGAAUGUCCGGUGUGCAGAACAGGAUAAAGGGCCAGUAAGACAGACAACAUCUCAAAGUCAUGUCUCGAUCACGAAAUCGGAAUGUGAUACACAAUCUACCGGAAGUCAUUUCACUAAAGAUAGUAGCAAGUCAGUUGGGUCAAAGUGUGGAGAAGAAGGUACAAGUAAGGAAGGUAGAAAAUCUACCUCUUUAGGGAGCACACACAGGAGAAAGUCGUCAAAGAACAGGACAGGAAGGAGAAAAGAUGGAGUAAACACCAAACGUGUAGGACUAGUGUUAGGUAAUCAACAAUUAGCGUCAGUUGUACUUUCGGCUCCCUCAAGUACGACUGAUGCAGUAGGUUCGUCUCCCUCAAGUAUGACUGAUGCAGUAGGUUCGUCUUCCUCAAGUAUGACUGAUGCGGUAGUAGGUUCUUCUCCCUCAGGUAUGACUGAUGCAGUAGUUGGUUCGUCUCCCUCAAGUAUGACUGAUGCAGUUGUAGGUUCGUCUUCCUCAAGUAUGUCUGAUGCGGUUGUACUUACGACUGUUGCAGUUUUAGGUUCGUCUCCCUCAGGCAUGACUGAUGCAGUUGUAGGUUCGUCUCCCUCUUGUAUGUCUGAUGCAGUUGUAGGUUCGUCUCACUCAAGUAUGACUGAUGCAGAUACAGAUUCGUCUUCCGCAAGUGUGGCUGAUCCGAUUGUACUUAUGACUGUUGCAGUUGGAGGUUCGUCUCUCUCAAGUAUGACUGAUGCAGUUGUACGUUCGUCUCCCUCAAGUAUGACUGAUUCAAUUGUAGGUUCGUCUCCCUCAAGUAUGACUGAUCAUGCUGAUCAGUCUGUAUUCCCUGACCAGCAUAAAGAGAGGAGCUCCGUGGAAUCAAAGUAUCAGCAAAGGGAUCAUGGUAAAAGGGCGAAAAAGAUACUUGGAGUUAAUCAAGUUCAUACCCAUCGUGCCUCCGAACAGAGUGAAUAUCUUCUUGGAGACGAAACGAACGCCAAACAUCUCUCUCACAAGCACCAAAAAACUUCAAAGAAAACCUCCAUUAAAGGUCAAGAAAAAUCACUUUUGAGAGAUAUUGAUGGCGAAAAUAAAAGCCAUUCUGUGGCUUCGAAGAGCCAAAGUGUUCAAGAAAAUGAAAAUGACUAUAAUCCCUGCCGUUUGAAAGAUGAAACUGAAGAUCCGGAAGUGUCUGAAUCGAUGGAGAACAAGGACAACAAGGUUUCAUUUUCUAUUCAAGGGCAUAACAAUAAUGAAACUUAUAAAGCAGACAGAAAAGGAAAAGAAAAAAGAAAAAAUCUGAAGAAUGCAAAUCUAUAUUCCGAAGAAACAGUUGACAAAGAAUCGCUCUCCCAACACGGCCAAAAAGGUGGACAGAAUACAGAUGGAGAUGGAAAAGAGGAACUUCUUUGUAAUCACUGUUCGAAACGUCUACAUGAAUCAUCCUGUGAUGAUUUUCUAAAAGAAGAACUUCCGCAGAAUUACAUAUCAUCCGACCAUUCGAAAAAUGGCUACACAAUAAGGGGACAAUUGUUCGAGCCCGCAAAACAAGACUUAGGAAAAUCAUGUAAACAAUUUCAGGGAAAUGAUCAUGAUGAUAAAAUGACUUCAAUACAAUUUUCACUCCCCGCGCCUUCUCAUUUGAUAGCGGGUAGAGAAAUGUCUGAAGUUGAUGCUACUUACACCACCAAUGUUUCCUUUUCUAUUCGAGUUAAUAAACAUGAUAAGGAAAAAAAUCCUGACACCGAUGAAAAGGAAAAAUCACGAGAUAAUGUGAAACAUGAUGAUGUUCAUUCCUCGAAACACCCACAGGUACCUGCAUGUGGAGGAAAUACUGGCAGUAGUUUCCAAAGAGAAGAUAUUUCAGAGAAUGAUCUACAUAUCAACAAUUCGAAAAACAAUGACGAAAAACAAAACCACCGUUUCAUAAAAGGGACAAAUGACGGAAGGCAAGAUGGCGAAAGACACGCACUGUCUCAUCAAUCACAUACGGAGAAUGCAGAUAUUAAGGGAAAGGACGAAUUAAUUGGCAAUAGAACGCAGGACUAUGUUCAUCCCUCUGAAAAUCUAAACGAGUCCUCUGAUGAAAGUGGUGGCACUAAAUAA